CUUUGUUAUUAGUGAACAAAAUGGCGUCUUAUUGUUUGACUGUCACUAGGCUGCGGCUGGCUCUUGGAACUGGGGCGAGGCGGUUUCAUGUCUCCGCAGCCUUCAGCGCAAAAGCCAAGGUGGCUAUGAGCCGCUUUGAACCCGGUUCCAGCAUUAACUAUGGGAAGAUGCAUGAGAACAUCAACAUUGUACGCAGGAGGCUCAACAGGCCUCUCACUCUGUCGGAGAAGAUUGUGUAUGGUCACCUGGAUGAUCCAGCAGGGCAGGAGAUCGACCGUGGCCGUACAUAUCUGCGCCUUCAUCCAGACCGUGUGGCUAUGCAGGAUGCUACAGCUCAGAUGGCAAUGCUUCAGUUCAUCAGCAGCGGUCUGCCCAAGGUGGCUGUUCCCUCCACCAUCCACUGCGAUCACCUGAUUGAGGCUCAAAUCGGAGGGGCUCAGGACCUGCAGAGGGCUAAGGAGGUGAACCAGGAGGUGUACAACUUCCUCGCAACUGCUGCAGCCAAAUAUGGAGUUGGCUUCUGGAAACCAGGCUCAGGGAUCAUCCAUCAGAUCAUCCUGGAGAACUACGCCUAUCCUGGAGUGAUGUUGAUUGGUACAGACUCUCACACUCCCAACGGCGGUGGCCUGGGUGCCAUCUGUAUUGGAGUGGGUGGAGCUGAUGCCGUGGAUGUGAUGGCUGGAAUCCCUUGGGAGCUCAAGUGUCCCAAAGUGAUUGGAGUGAGGCUGACAGGCACCCUGUCUGGCUGGACCUCUCCGAAGGAUGUCAUCCUGAAGGUAGCUGGCAUCCUGACUGUGAAGGGCGGCACUGGAGCCAUCGUGGAGUAUCAUGGGCCUGGAGUUGACUCCAUCUCCUGCACUGGAAUGGCCACUAUCUGUAACAUGGGAGCUGAGAUUGGAGCCACUACGUCUGUUUUCCCCUAUAACCACCGCAUGCGGACGUAUUUGGAGAAAACCGGCCGCGGAGAGAUUGCCUCUUUGGCUGAUCAGUUCCAAGAUGACUUGGUCCCAGAUAAAGGCUGUGAAUACGACCAGAUCAUUGAGAUUAACCUGAGCGAGUUAAAGCCCCACAUCAACGGACCAUUCACCCCUGACCUGGCCCACCCCGUGUCUGAGAUCGGGGCCAUAGCUAAGAAGAGCGGCUGGCCCCUGGAGGUUAAAGUUGGUCUGAUUGGCAGCUGCACCAACUCGAGCUAUGAGGACAUGGGUAGAGCGGCCUCUCUGGCCAAGCAGGCUCUGGAUAAAGGUCUGAAAUGCAAAGCCCAGUUCACAGUCACCCCUGGUUCUGAACAGAUCCGCGCCACAAUUGAGAGGGACGGAUAUGCCAAAAUCCUGAGUGAUGUUGGUGGAAUCGUACUAGCCAAUGCUUGUGGACCCUGCAUAGGACAGUGGGACAGGAAGGACGUGAAAAAAGGAGAGAAGAAUACUAUCGUCACGUCCUUCAACAGGAACUUCACAGCCAGGAAUGACGCUAACCCAGCAACUCAUGCUUUUGUCACCUCCCCUGAGAUUGUCACUGCCUUGGCCCUCGCCGGGACCCUCAACUUCAACCCUGAGACUGACUACCUAACUGCUCCUAAUGGAGAGAAGUUCAAGCUGGACCCCCCCACUGGAGAUGAGCUCCCCUCCAGAGACUUCGACCCGGGCCAGGACACAUACCAGCACCCCCCAGCUGAGAGCAGCUCAGUCAAGGUGGACGUGAGCCCUUCCAGCAACCGUCUGCAGCUGCUGGAGCCCUUUGACAAGUGGCAUGGAAAAGACCUGGAAGACAUGAGGGUCCUCAUCAAGGUGAAGGGAAAGUGCACCACUGACCACAUCAGCGCUGCCGGCCCCUGGCUGAAAUUCCGCGGUCAUCUGGACAACAUCUCCAACAAUCUGCUGAUUGGUGCCGUCAACAUUGAGAACGACGCCGUCAACAAGAUCAAGAACCAGCUGACAGGAGAGUACGGAGGUGUGCCAGAUGUGGCCCGCUACUACAAGGCCAAUGGCGUGAACUGGGUGGUGGUGGGAGACGAGAACUACGGUGAAGGGUCCAGCAGAGAGCAUGCUGCCCUGGAGCCACGACACCUGGGAGGACGCGCCAUCAUUGUCAAGAGCUUUGCCAGAAUCCACGAGACUAACCUGAAGAAGCAGGGCCUGCUGCCUCUGACUUUUGCUGACUCCCGCGACUAUGACAAAAUUCGCCCUGAUGACAAGAUUUCAAUCACUGGCCUGGAAUCAUUUGCCCCCGGCAAGGGCCUGACAGCAGUGAUCAAGCACAGCGAUGGCAGCCAGGAGUCCAUCUCUCUAAACCACACCUUCAAUGAGACGCAGAUCGAGUGGUUCAAGGCUGGUUCAGCGCUCAACAGGAUGAAGGAGCUCCAGUAGUUGGUGGCAAGGAGGAAGGCGUGGGGCCAUUUAGGGGCCUUGGCGCAGGUUAAGAAGGGGAGGAAAAUGGGCCUAGAGAGGGGCUUUGCAAAGAGGGAGAGAUUAUUUGAAUGGUAGAUGGUAACCAGACUUGAUUUGGGGACAGCUGCAGUCAUGCUCAUUUAAAGGAAGAACACACACACAGACACAGAGGUCGCUGAAUGGAUGAAAUGCACGCACACACAUACACAUACAUGCACAGAUAGGAUUACUGUGAAAGCACUCCCAGUUGACAGGCAGACUUACAUGAGUACUAUUCAAACAAGCUCACAAAAGUGAAUCUUAGCAUGGAGUGUGUCUCUGUUAUACUGUAUUGUUCGCACUAGCAGCACUCCUAAGUUUAAAAUGUGUCAAGCUUGUUUAUUUAGCAUUCAGCUGACCGUUUCACACACAGAUGCUCGUCUUUUUCCACUGAACAGGGUAGUAUUUCUCAAUUUUUGUGACACAUUAGUAUCACUACUGUAUUUCUCUAAAGCAGAAGCUGUUUUGUUUCACCAAAAGUCGCUGCUGUCACUAAGUCACUCCGCCUUGCUCACCACUCCAACAGGCUUGUUGGAAACCUUAGCAUAAAAGUAUUAUUCAUAAUCAGCUACUCUAUCUAGCAGUAUACAAACCUUGUUGUUUGGAUACUUUGGAUAUACUAUAUAUGUGUGUGUGUGUGUGUGUGUGUGUGUGUGUGUGUGUGUGUGUGAGAUAUUUAAAAAGCUGGUUAAGUAGUGAUGAGUUAACAGCUUCAAAUUUUAACACCUGUAACUGUAAAAUCCACCCCAAGACCAGACAAUUCUUCUUCUGCAUCAUAGCUUCUCUUUAAUGUUGUUCCAGCCAAACAGCUCAAUAAGCUUACUGAGUUGACUGAGGUGUUCAACUCACACGAAUGUACUUUUCCCUGUAAAUCUCCAGACCUGCCACCUGAAGUACAUUUAAGGCGCCAAAUGGUGAUGAACUUCAGGGUUCUGUGCUUUCUGAUUGACUUCAGCAAGCGUUUCUCAGUUAUUGCCGUUUAGAGCCACACUGUAAACAAACUACCAGGCUCAGUUAUUUACUGUAAAGCAGCAUCAGUGAAAUCUCUUCAGCAACUACACCUGCAGCCCACCCUGCUCUCGCUCGGUGUUUUCAUGCUGCUGUUCUUUUCAUUUUCGUCAGCCAACAGGUGAAUCUCUGUGUACUCCCCGCUGUUCUUCUCAUGCUCACUUGCUCUUUCUUUGUUGUUUUCCACGAUAUAACUCAUUGUGUGAAAACUUCGCUGUGGUUGUCUUUCUCUAGGACAACAAACUAGAACACAUACUGCUGUUGUCUUAGCUUGUGCUUUGUCCUCUGUGUAUGUGUGUAUGAGACGCGUGAUUGUUUUUAUCAGAUGAACACUCAGUGUUUGCAUCUGUCUGUCCCUCUUUGCUCUUGCUGCCUCUCUUUUUGUAGACAACAGGCUGGCCCAUGCAGGCCAAACCAAAACCUGAUGUUUGGUUAAAUAGGCUGUAAUCAGGUUUGUGUUGCGAGAGGGAAAGCUGCACUGGGCAGGAUUUUGUUUAUGUACUCUGCAGGUCAAAGGUUUUAGAACACCUUCAUUUUUCAUGGUGUUAAAGUCCCAGUUUUCCAGUUAGUCCUCACUAUCAUCAUGUGAAACUGCCUCGUGUUAGCUGUAAUGGGUGAUGACAGGCUGAGAUUGUCUUUGAACUGAAUGUUUUUUCAGGUUGAGGUUUGGUCAUCCAUAGCAUGGGAAGGCCUGCGGUCUUCUUACACAAACUAACGCACAAUCUAGUGUCCAGAUGCCUGUACACUAGCACUUUGUAGAGUCGGUGUAGUUUUUAAGUGUGCUUUGUCAUGUCGUUUUUGUUUUACUCUGCAAACUGCAAAAUCUUCUUCUUCAGCUUACAUCUCUGUUGUGAGUGACUCUGUAGGACUGACAGGCAACUUGUUAUAUUCAUUACUGAUACGCAAAUCUUCAGACAGUAGAAAGAUCUCGAUCCAAGAUCAUUUUUGCAUAUAAAUCAUAGUUUUGCUAUGAUGUAUACUUACUCUGCACCACUGAAACGCUGUUAUAUAUUUUGGUGGGCUUAGGGAUAUUUGUGGCCAUUGCUGCUAUGUUUUAUGUGGGAGUACUGCUGGUCCUCUGUGUUUACUUGUGGAUUUAGAUUAAUACAGUUCCUGAGGUAAAUCCCUAUAUACUAAAAAGUCACUAAGUUUGGACCUGUGUGUAAAUGAUGUGAAAUAUAGCUGCACUUUGUAUAGGGAUGUGUAUAUAAAUAAUUAAUCAUUAUAUAGAUAUAUAUAUAAAUAUAUAUAUGAACAAACAGAAAGAGAGAGCAAGUAACAUGCUGUGUGUCUGAAUGAGAGCCGUUAGUGUCAUGAUGGAGAGUCCCCUCUGCUGUCUUUUCUAAACUGAAUCCCCUUUAAUCUGAUGGUUUCACAGACCAGUUGACACGUGGGUUGUGAGUUAAAAGAAAGCACAGAUAUUGGAUUAUAGCUGUUUGUUGCUGCUGGGCUUUGACAAUGAAAAGGGACUUUAAAGAAGGUGAAGAAGCAGCAGCCCAACUUUAAGCACAUAAAUGACUCCUUAUAGGGUUAGCUGGUCAUUAACUCAACUGCUCAACACUGAGAAUUGUCAGAAAAACUUUUAUGUCCCCAUUAAGCUCAUCUUUAUGAUGGUUAGACACUCCUAAUACUACUACCACUGCCAAAGAUGCCUAAGGAAAAUGCUAUGAAAUAACAGUUACCCAGGACCCACCCAUUUCCAUAUGGCAAGACAUUUCACCGUCUCUGUCCUGACAGCCGAGCGGUAUAACACAUGGGCUUAAAUGCCCUGAGCAGCGAUUUCCCCGGUUCAACUCCCGGACCAUUUGCGGCAUGUCAUUCCCUUAUUCUUCUCUGCACACGUCCUGUCUGUCUUCAAUGUCCCUAUCAAAUAAAGGCAUAAAAAAAAAUCAAAAAUUGAUUU